AUGAUAACAGACACCAUGUUACAAAUUAAAGAAAAUGUUCAAUCACUUCACUCUUCUAUUAGAAGGAGAAAAGGAGAAUCAAGCAUUGAAAAAUGUGUAGCAGAAUAUAAAUUAUUCACAAAGAAGAUGAAGAAGAAUGUCACAAAGUUGAUCUCAUCUUUAAAACAUAUGGAAACUAAAUUUGGAGCUUCCUCACUUUUGAAUAAAGAUCAAGACCUUGUUGCAGUGAUUACAGUUCUUAGAGAGGUCAUUGCAAUGAACAUGUCUAUCUUUCAAUCCAUUUUGUGUUUCUUGGUUGGGGCUGCAUCAAAGUCAAAGGCAACCAAAUGGUUGAAAGUAGCAAAGUUGAUGCAUAAGAGGGGAACAUGUGAAGAGAACAUGGAGAAUUUCAAUGAAUUGGAGUGUGUGGAAGCAUCUUUAAGUGAAGGUUCUAAUGUUGCACAUGAAAGAUUUGAGGCUUUGGAGAAUGCAGUUGAAAGUAUAGAAAAUGGUUUAGAAAAUAUAUUUAGGCGUUUGGUUAAAACUAGAGUCUGUCUUUUGAACAUCAUGACUCAGUAG